AUGAAGCAGCGGUAUUACUCGAACAUGUCGGACGAAAAUCUGCAGCCUCCUACAAUGAAUGGCACUGUAGAGAUAGCGGACUAUCGUCCGCCGUUGCCGCCAAGAACACCGUUGUCGCCACCGGACGAAGCUGAAGAACACACAGCAACGGAAAAUCCGGAGAACGUGAAGAGGACAUCCUACUUUCCUUUGCAGCCCGUGGCCGAACAGCCGGUAGACACCAAGGAAGGCUCACAGGGCCUCAACGAUCAGAAUACUCCCAUCCGUAAACCUCCAUCUCAACAUCAGGCUUCUCAUGAGCACAGAACUGAAGAUCAGAAUCAAACCCAGCCCAGAGAAGGCCCGAAAGGCCUCAAUGGCCAGCUGAUCGACACCUCUCACCUACCACCGCCUCAACGACAAAGUCAUCUCUCAGAGCAGACACGUGAAUCCUACUCGCCCACAAGCUGGCACCGGUCUCUCACCAUUCUCACCGCCUUCCUCGUCCCCUACCCGAAACCUCAGCUACCACCAGUCAGCGUCCACACCACAUCCCAGCUGAUCCCUCCACGCUUCAUGAUCUACACUCCUCCUCCUGCUCCCUUCCUCACCAAGCCAGAAGGCGAGAGCAAAACUGACGCAUGGCGAAAGGAAGGCAUCCCCCACUUCUGCAGACGAAAAUGGUACGAAGAACUCCGAGAGGCGAAGAUGCGGCAACCCAAGGAUGGGAACACCACAAAAUGGAAGCGGGCCAAGUGGCGCGCUACGAAAGGAACCGACUGGGGCAUCGACAAGACCAAAUCCACGAACCUCGAAUUCUUAAAUCGGGUCGCGAGGCUGCAGGAUGAGAGUAAUGCAGCUGCCGAGGAUGUAUACGCGAAGCAAGUCUCCCCCGAAGAGCUUGUGCUCCUCCACCCACCGGUACUGCGUCUCACCAUAGACGGGAGCCACGACCACGACGAGGAACUUCUCCGAGAGAAUUUCACCGCCUCCCUGCUCCGCACCAAGAAACGCGCACUCCGCGAUACCAUCAUAUCCGCACUCCUAUUUCCGCCAGCAAUCGUCAUCGACACCGUCGCUGUGCCCAUCUGGCCCUUUGGCGGCUUGGCAGAAAUUGACGCCGUCUGGUUCUACGCCUCCUACCGCGGCGCCAAAACCAGCAGCGACAUUACCAAACGCCUCUCCUCCACCGCCUACAAAUACAAACACCUAAAUCUCACCCUCACCCCCUUCGCAAAAAUGGACAUUCUAGAGCGGUACCUAGCCGCCCGCUGCCAUGACGCCGAUCCUAAGCUUUUCCCGGAAUAUGUUGCUACGCCGGCUGAUACGGAGGUCUUGAAGGCGAUUGGGUGGACGCAUAGCGUGCCUGAGGGGGAGAUGGAGUGGGAGGAUCGGCAGUGGGAGGCGCGGCAGGUUAGGGAUGAUUUGGAGAGGUGUUUUGGGAAGGCGGCGAGGGAGUGGGCCGGGUUUUGUAAGAGGUGGGUCAAGGAUCCUGAGAAGGCUAUGAGGAAGUAG